GUGAGAAAAGUCACUGAAGACAAGAGGAAACAAGGACAAAACACCCAAGUUUCAGUAUGUAUCUGUAACUCCAGCACCAGAGAUUCUCCCGUAAUUAAAAUGGACUGAAUGUUUCAAGGAUCAAAUCAGGAUGUUUAUUUUCAUCUGGUUAAUCGUGUCUCUCUCUACUAACAAAGGGGCAUUAGGAGAGGAAAAAUACUGUCAAAUCACAGAUUAUUGUGUUACCCUUACAAAUAAUACAGCAGAGGCUGGACUUUGUGCUGUGAUACCAUGUUCUUUCACAAUUCCCUUUAAACCCAAACAUAUUAUUUGGUAUAAAUGUGACAGAAUCAAAUGUUCAGAUUCUCACACUGUAGUUCACUCUGAUAAGAACAAUGAAAACGUUCAGGUUGGAUUUAAAGGUCGAGUGUCACUGCUGGAACCGGAUGUGACUCAGAAGAACUGCAGCAUCAUAAUCAAUGAUCUCAAUGAGUCUGAUUUUGGAUCAUAUCAGCUCAGAGUAGAGGGAUAUGAAUCACAUGAAAAAUUUACAUAUACUGUUAAAAAAACAAAUCUCUCCUUAUCAGAUCUGAACCAAAAGCCCAAAGUGAUGAUUCCUCCACUGACCGAGGGGCAGCAGAACAGUCUGACCUGCACUGCUCCUGAUUUCUGCUCUGGGUUACCUCCUAAAAUUACCUGGAUGUGGGGAGGAAAAGAAGAAAUUGAGUCUAACUUUCCAGGAAACAUCACGGUUUCUUUAGAAACUGAGACUCUGACUAAUUUCACACAGAGACACCGCUCAAUUCUGACCUUUAACCCUUCAGCUAAAUACCACAACAGAAAAAUAACCUGUAAGGUCAGCUUCAAAGGUGACACAACCACAGAGGAGACUGGAACUCUGAAUGUAAACUAUAGCAGAAAACCCCAGAUAUAUGGCAAAACAACAGUUAUGGAAGGAGACGAUCUGAAUCUGACUUGCAGUGUUGACAGCGUCCCUGCAUCAGUUAUUAAGUGGACUAAGUCUGGAAUGGAAAGCAUCAAUAUUUUAAGGAAAGCAGAUAACAGCACGGUGAUGUACCCGCAGGAAAACAGUGGAAAUGUCUCUUUUUCCAUCAUUAAUGUAACAGCCAAAGAAGCUGGACGUUACAUUUGUACAGCGACAUAUCAGAAUGUCAACAUGACAGAAGAAAUCCAUGUGAAAGUGACCUAUAUAAGAAAGCCUAAGAUCACUGGCAGUACAAUGGUUAAUGAGGGAGAGGCUCUGAAUGUGACCUGCAGUGUUGACAGCUUCCCUCCCUCAGUUAUCAACUUGACUAAAUUUGAAAGAAAAAGUAACCUGCACAGCAAUAUUACAAGUACUUUGCAAAACAGCAGAGAACAACGUGGGACCACAACCUUUUCCAUCACUGACGUUGCAGCAGAAGAUGCAGGCCUUUACAUCUGCACAGCAAAACACCAGAACAGAACUCUAUCAGAAUUAUUUAAUGUAACAGUAACAUUGAAAGAACACACAACUAAUAUAAGAAAAGGUUUAUCACUGGAAAUCGUUAUAAUUGCCUUUUUUUCUGGCCUCCUCCUUUCUGCUAUCAUCUGCUGUUUGUUCAUGAAAGUCUACAGUAACAGAAGAAAAACGGUAAAACCCAUUGAAGAUGAUAAAACUUACAUGUCUCUGGAAAAACUUGAUACAUCACCAGAGUAUGAUGUCAUUGUCCAACGACCACGCUGAUAAGUCUACAGAGAUUGUUGUCACUUAGAUCUUAAAUACGGAAAAUAUUUUAUAUCAGAUUUACUGUUUUAGACACAAAAGAAAAGAAGAAAGCAUGAAUGUUUUGUAGAAAAGAAAAAUGAUUUCAUCCAAAAAUACAAGAAAUAGUAAAUGGCUCUGUAUAAGAAUAAAAUAUUUCACAAAUAACACCAGAAUGAUGAAUGUUGUAUAGGUUUCCCAAUUUAUUUUUAAUUUCUUUGCUCCUUUCCCCUCAUAGGUUGGGUUAUUAAAGUUCCAUAUAUUGUUUAUCUUUUCUUUCAUUUUUAUACCAUAUCUUUUUUUUUUUCUUUUUUAACCACGUCCUGUCCAGCAGAGUAGCGCUCAGAAUUGUUGUCUGAGUGCCAAG